GAUGAUGCCUGCUUUCCGAUUAGUGUGAGUUGUGAGCUCUGAGCCACCGUUAGGUGACUCCUUAAUUAGGUUGGUCAACGAGAGGUUGCAGAAGGAACUCGUGCUGCUAGCUAUGUGAGCAAUGCCAACUAGCUAUUUGAUCUUCCUGCUUUUGUAACACCACCAAGUACACAAAAACACAAAGCCAAACGUUGAGUCACAUUGACAAAUUUGUGACUAGCUAGGGCGCUAGAUGGAGGUGGUGAGCGCUGCGGACGGCGCCUUGGGUCCCCUGUUGGGGAAGCUCGCUACUCUUCUUGCCGAGGAGUACAGCCGCCUGAAAGGGGUGCGUGGCGAGAUCCGCUCCCUCAAAUCUGAGCUCACCAGCAUGCAUGGUGCCCUCAAGAAGUACACCAUGAUAGAAGACCCGGAUGUCCAAGUCAAGACAUGGAUAUCGCUCCUGAGAGAGCUCGCGUACGACACCGAAGAUUGCUUCGACAAGUUCAUUCACCACCUCGGCGGUGGCGGCGGCAAUCAUGGUGGCUGCAAGGAGUUCUUCUGCAAAAUUGCUCGCUCCCUCAAGACACUUGGGCAUCGGCAUGGUCUCGCAGACCAAAUCGACGAACUCAAGGCUCGUAUAAAGGAAGUGAAAGAGCUCAAGAGCAGUUACAAGCUCGAUGACAUUGCUUCUAGUAACUCUAAUCAUGGUACCGUGGAUCCUCGACUUGGUGCUCGUUUUAACGAUAACCUUGUCGGCAUCGACGGUCCGACAAAUGAUCUUGCCAAGUGGAUGAUGGAAGAAAACAGUAGCUCAACCAAACUUCGUCGCAAGGUGUUGUCAAUUGUUGGGUUCGGUGGACUGGGAAAGACAACAUUAGCGAAUGAGGUUUGCAUCAAGAUUGAAGGGCACUUUGAUUGCCGGGCUUUUGUAUCAAUCUCGCAAAACCCAGAUAUGAAGAAAAUAGUCAAGGAUCUGAUCCAUAAGGUGCCUUGUCCGAAGGAUUUUACAAAAGGCAUCGACACCUGGGAUGAAAUCACAUCUAUUGAAAAGCUGAGAAACUUGCUACAAGAUAAGAGGUAUCUAAUCAUCGUUGAUGAUGUAUGGUCCAUAUCAGCAUGGAAUGCUAUUAAGUGUGUUUUUCCAGAGAAUAACCGCUCUAGCCGGAUUAUAGCUACUACACGCAUUUUUGAUGUAGCAAAAUCAUGUUCCCUGGGUACUGAUGACCACAUCUAUGAACUGAAGCCCUUAAAUGGUUUUCAUUCUGAAAGAUUGUUUCACAAAACAAUAUUUGGCUCUGAGGAUGGUUGCCCUGAUAUGCUGAGAGAGAUCUCCAAUGAGAUACUGAAAAAAUGUGGAGGCCUACCAUUGGCAAUUAACAGUAUAUCUGGUUUAUUGGCAAGAAUACCAACUAACAAACAAGAGUGGGAGAAGGUGAAAAGGUCAAUUGGUUCUGACCUGAGCAGAAGCCAAAGUCUAGAGGGCAUGAAAAAUAUAUUAUCCUUGAGCUACAAUGUUCUUCCUGGUUACCUCAAGACUUGUUUGUUGUAUUUAAGUAUUUUUCCUGAGGAUUAUGUCAUUGACAAAGAGAGGCUAGUCAGGCGAUGGAUAGCAGAAGGCUUCAUCUCUGAAGAGCGUGGACAGAGCAAACAGGAUGUUGCCGAGAAGUACUUCUACGAGCUUAUCAAUAAAAACAUGGUCCAACCAGUGGACAUUGGCCAUGAUGGUAAAGCUCGUGCCUGUAGGGUGCACGACAUGAUGCUUGAACUUAUUAUUUCCAAAUCAGCCGAAGAGAAUUUCAUCACUGUGGUAGGCAGCGGGCAAAAAGUUCUGGCAAAUCGCCAAGGUUUUAUUCGACGACUAUCAAUCCAGGACAUUGACCAGGAGGUUGCAUCUGUAUUGGAAAAUGAAGAUCUGAGCCAUGUUCGAUCUCUGACUGUGACAAGAUCAGGUUGCAUCAAAUACUUGCCCAGUCUUGGUAAAUUUGAAGCUUUACGUGUACUAGAUUUUGAAGAUUGUGACGAUAUAGAGGAAUAUGACAUGAGCCCUAUGGACAAGCUAUUCCAGCUAAAGUUCGUCAGCUUUAAGAACACAUACAUAUCAGAGCUACCAUCAGGAAUUGUGACGCUACAUGGUCUAGAGACGCUAGAUCUUAGGAAUACAUACAUAGAUGAGUUGCCUGCUGGAAUUGAUCAGCUCAUUAAGCUACAGCAUCUGCUCACUGAAAGUGGGCCAUAUAGAUACAGAUACAGACAUGGGAGAAUGAAGGUACCAAAUGGGAUUGGGAAUAUGAGGAGCUUACAAGUGGUCUCAGGCUUUAAUAUUUCCCUCAGUUCAGUUGGUGCAGUGGAGGAGCUCGGGAAUCUGAAUACAUUGAAUGAACUCCAUGUUCAAUUGGAUGAUGCAGACAACAGGUGUGCAGAUAUGUUACUCUCCUCUGUAUGCAGGCUUGGAACAUGCAAACUCCAAUGUUUCUGGAUAUCCAGUGACGAUUCAACUUCCCUCGAGUUCUUAGAUUCUUGGUCCCCUCUGCCAUCUUCCCUCCAAGUAUUUGGGAUGACCACAAACUACUAUUUUCCAAAAAUUCCAAAGUGGAUCACACCAGCACUCACUAAUCUUACAUACCUACUACUUAUUGUCAGUGACGUAACACAGGAGGAACUUCACAUGCUUGGAGAGCUUCCUGGUUUAAUUUAUCUGGAACUUUGGUUGGAACGAGGGAAGACGAGAACUCUUGCUGUGCAAGGCAGAGGAUUCCAAUGUUUGAAGGAGUUGCACUUUCGCGUUUCGUUUUAUGGUACUGCUACGAUUAACUUUGUAUUUAUGGAAGGGGCAUUGCCAAAUCUUGAGAAGCUUGAUGUGCCACUUUCAGCGGCAACAGAGAAUGGGUAUUAUUUUGGUAUUGUGCACCUCGCAAGUCUGAAAGAUGCAAAAUUUCGUCUUGACACGAUGGGAGCCACAUAUUCUGAAUUGAAGGCUGCAUCAGUUGCCAUAAGGAAUGAAACAGAUGCCCAUCGCAACCCGCUCAGAGUAACUAUCGUGGGACUAGGGGACGAGAGCGAUGAUGAGUGUGAUGAUGAAUAAACUUGAAGUGGUUCUCUCUUAUCAUGACAUUUCGUCAACAACACAGGGAGGGGCGCUUCCUCUUGGAAGUACUUACAAACUGUGGCGUUGUCUGCUGUUGGGUUGAUCAGAAUGUUGUGAUGGAGACGGAAGAUUAUUGUACAAGUACUGGUGCCCUGCUCUAAAAAAAAAGUACUGGUAUUGUAAGGGUUGGCGUGGUGUGCUAUUUUCUGGAGUACAUGGUAUUCGCAUCAUUGUGAACUUUGUAUUAUUAUUAUUGUAAUCGGUUAUUCAGCUUGGUUGAGGAUUAUUAAGCUCGCCUCAGGGUUGGCGUGAUGUGCUAUUUUCUACAUUGGUAUUCGCAUCAUUGUGAACUUUGUAUUAUAUUAUUAUAAUCGGUUAUUCAGCUUGGUUGAGGAUUAUUAA